UCUGCAUAAAAACGAAUUUUAUACUCCUAUUACUUUGGAAAUGUUUAAUUAAAAAGUAUUUUUGAAGUGGCCAUUUAUUACAGUAGCGUAAUUUUGAGAUAUUUGUCUGAAUUUUUAAAACAAAAGGGUUUUUCCAAUAUUUGGUGAUUAUAAGUUCAACAAAAUUAAAAUCGUGUUCUUUUAACGUAUUGGUCAAGUGAGAGCUCAGAAAAAUGAAUGACAGACACAAAAAAAACACAUCAUAGUAAAAUUAAACCUUCUCAAUGAUCAUUGAAGCUGAAAUUUAAGAAUCAUAAAACAUUUUCAGAUUUUUAUCUACGGGAUCAAACUUUGUAGCUUUACAAUUUGAAUUUUUAUUGGGAAGAAGUACAAUAUCUUUAAUUAUACGAGAAACUUGUCAAUUUUUGUGGACCAUUUUACAGCCUGAAGAAAUGCUUUUACCUGAUCUUGAAAAAUAGAUGGAUGUUGCUAAUCAGUAUUAUAAAAAAACUAAUUUUCCCAAUUGCAUAGGAGCUGUAGACGAAAAACAUAUUCGUUGCCAAAACCCUCAUGAAGCAGGCUCUUUUUUUUUUAACUACAAAAAGUAUUUUUCUAUGUUAUUAAUAUGCGUAGUAGAUUCCGAAUAUUGUUUUAUCGCUAUCGACGUAGGUGCUUAUGGUAGAGAAGGUGACUCGACUGUCUUUAAGGACUGUCCAUUUGGCAGAAAACUUUAUUCAAACCAGCUAAAUCUUCCUGCGCCUACUUGUUUGCCAAACACAACUAGCUCACCGCAACCAUUUGUUUUAGUGGCCGACGAAGCUUUUGGAUUACACCAAAAUUUAUUGAGACAAUUUCCAGGACGAAACCUCACUCAAAAAAGAAGAAUAUUUAAUUAUAGAUUGUCAAGAGCUAGAAGAUUAGUAGAAUGUGCUUUUGGAAUCCUUGCUAACAAAUGGAGAAUUUUGCACACAACGAUUUUAGUUGAGCCAGAUUUCAUCGAUGAAAUAGUUAAAGCCUGUUAUAUACUACUAACUAUGUACGCAGAAGAGACGGCUACAAUUUUGAGGAUACGUUAUCUAAUUUUUUGGAGGAUUAUUAGGUUAGUGGGGGAACUGGAUCUCGUCAACAAGGGAUUGAAGUAA